AUGAAGCUCAUCAAAUCUGCAGGUUUGCUUAAAACUGUUACUCAUUUUUCUAAAUGCUAUGAAAUGCUCGUGAAGGAAUUUAUAGUGAAUUUGUCUCAAGAUUGUGCUGAUGGAAGAACUGAGGAUUUUCAUAAGGUGUAUGUUAGAAGAAAAUGUAUAGAUUUUUCCCCUACUGUUAUCAACCUCUAUCUAGGUAGAGAUGCUGAGGCUCAACCUGAGCUUGAAGUAACUGACAAUGAAGUAUGCAAAGUUAUCACUGGUGGUAAGGUUAAGAAAUGGCCCAUAAAGAGUAAAUUGUCUGCUAGUCUUUUGAAUGUCAGGUAUGCCUUGCUGCACAAAAUUGGUGCUGCAAACUGGGUGCCUACCAAUCACACUUCUACCAUUGCUGUUGGCCUAGGUAGAUUCAUAUAUGCUGUGGGAACUAAGACAAAAUUUGACUAUGGGACCUACAUAUUUGAUCAAACUAUGAGGCAUGUUGGUACUUCUGCUACCAAGCUACCCAUUGCUUUUCCAUCCCUGAUAUGUGGGAUAAUCCUCAAGCAACACCCUGGAAUUCUGAAAGCUAAAGAUUCUGUAUGUAAGAGGGAGAGUGCUUUGUCUUUCCACUAUAAGCUGCUCCAAAGGUCAGAUGACAUGACAUCUGCUGGGACAUCCCAACCCAGCAAGUCUGUGAACAAAACCUUUCUCAUUGCUGAGCUGAAAGAAACUUGUAAAGAGUUGGACAACAGGAAGAUGAAGCUUGAACAGCUCAUUCAAAGUCUUGAGUAG